UUUUAGCUUCGAACGUCUGGAACCAAAAUACUUAUCAGAGUCAUACUCAGACUUCAGAGUUCAAAGGCAAAUGAAGCAAUGGUCCCCCAAGCCAAAAGCAAAACAAGCAUUGAACUAAUAAAAAAGUCUUUGAAGCAAGCGGACUGCAGUACUGGUACAUGGUAGGUAGGUGACAACAAGCUUUCUAUAAUUAUGGAAAAUUAAUUGUCACUCGUUGAAGCACAUCGAUGCUGGUGGGAAGGAAGCCUGCAUGCAGCUAACAUCAACAGCUCUUGGCGAGGAGCUUCCUUCAAACGGGACAUGGGUGUUGCUUACUAAGAUUUCACCAUGAUCCACGACGCGGAGUAAACACCAUGUUUGAAUUUUCACCGAUUUUCAGUCUAGGUGAGAGCCUCCUGCCAUUUGUUGCUCAUUUGAUCACCGAAACGAAAGAAGAUGGAUCGUUUGCGUCCAUGGAUGAGCGUGGUCAGGCGGCGGUGAAGCUGCUGAAAGCGAAGGUGAUAGGAAGAGAGCGCGAUGGCAGUGUGCUCGUGUCGUGGGUGGGUGUAACGAACAAGGAUGGGUCUGAUGGCAAAGCGGUGACGCUGAUAGGGCUGCUGGAGGGCCGUAAUCCCCUGACAUUGCUAUACGCUCAUGAUGAGCUGACACACGUCGUGUCAGCCAGUAUUGACCAGGGUAGAUCUCUAUUGUCGUUCACUGAAGUCACGCGUCAAACAACGGACAAUGAAGGUGAGCACGGCAAUGAAGCAGGCGAUGAGGCCUCGCGAUCCAUUGCGGGUGCGUCGCCGAUUAGAACGUAUCGUUCUUAUGUGGUGGAACUCAAGCCUGCUGGCCGACUGCUGGCUCUGAACGUGGAGCGCUCUCUGUACCAGCGGACACAGUUCAUUUACGCCAACACCGGCCGAUCGGCAGCGCCGAGCAAGGACGUGUACAUGCUGUAUAUCCUGCACCGCGAAUCUGUCGGCAUCUAUCAUUUCAAACUACAACAGCUUGACAAUGUGUUGGUGAUCUGCGGUCAGCCAGUUACAUGCGAGCUGUGGUCUCGCCCGGUCUGGUUCCAGUGGUCACACGCUAAUCAAAGAUUGUACUUUGUAUACAACAAGCCACAGGUGGAUGCAGGUAAUUCCGAUCUAGAGUAUUCGGACCUGGACAGUUUGAACGGGAGUGGGUGCAGCUUGGACGAUGACGCUUCUUUCUAUCCGGUGUUGCGAGUUGCCGAGUUCUUUGAUGGUGGUGCCCACGAAGUUGUAAUGGAAGUACGUCUGCAGUUCUCGAUGGUGAUCAGCGAUGCACCGGUGUACGAUCUGGACGCAACGUGGUGCGAGUGCGUUCCCGACAUCAACUGUAACAUGGCCGUGUUGCAGCUGGGUGGCGAGCAGCGUGUUGGAUCGCUGUGCGUCGCUUACCAGCACGCCGGCGGCAGGAGCCAGGACUCGCAGUUCCCGGCGUCGCUGAAGUACUCGGUGUGCAUACUGCACCACGCGUACCACAUGGAGCUGUCCAUGCCCCUCAUGCCGGCACUGCAGGAGAACCAGCGGCCGCAGCAGCUGCUCUUCGCCGCUCUGGGCGACUACGUCAUGGUCUACAUGCCCGGCAGGAUGCUGCAUCUGCUGGACUGCUCCACGGAGCACGGGGCAUUCCAUCACUUGCUGUUACAGGAGGAUGUGCCUGUGUUGCCAUUCAAUGGAACAAGAGUAUCGCCGUGGCCCGUGUUGGCGCUGCAGCCGUCCACUGGUGGCAUUUUCAACGUGCAGCGGCAGGAAGCGUACACAGUCAGUAUUCAUCGCCAGGAGCUGGCCAUUCUGUUUGCGGAGACGCAGCAGGAAUCACUGCGAGCCGCCGUGCUUCACUUGGCUCUGAUUCACCAGCGUGACAGUGGCCUGGCGAGAAAGAUGAUUGAGCACCUGUGCCGCGACCCGGCUGCGCCGGACUGCACCACGCUACUCGCCGAGUAUCUCCUGGCUGCUUCUUACACUCACAUGCGCCGUGAGCAACUCGACCAAACUGUCAUGCAGCUGCUGCCCAUAUCCCUGGCCGAUCCCUUUCGCAAUCAUGUCGAAGAAGGCCGCGAUGGCUGCCAGCAUGUUCGCAUUUCCUACAGCCGCAUGCAUGGACUGAAGGAGCAGAUUAUUGGUUGGCAGCCGGACCCGACGCAGGAACCGCUAGCUCAAGUGGUUGUGCCGUCUCAGAACAAGCUACUGCUUGGCCUGCAGCGCAAUCUCCGUCUUCGUGACGGUCCAGCUCGCUUCAACCUGCGGGCAAUCCAGCACAAGUUGGAAAGUGCUCCGUCACCGUCACCAACGUCGGACUCGCCGUCAACAUCUAUCUCCGGCACACAGCCAACCGAGUCGCUCGGCUUCUUCCGUCGUCUUUCCUCCUCACUCAAUGCCCGGCGCAGUGCCUCGGCUCAACGUCCCACCACGCUGGCACCAGCGUCCUCACUACCUUUCCUGGAAACGCAACCCGAAGAAGAGAUCCUCGCCGAUCAUCGGCGAACUCUUGUUGUCGAUCACUUUCGUUUCCACCUGAAACGCCACUCGCACGAGUCAGCGGAGAAGUGCCAGCAGAUCGCACAUGAGUAUGCCAGCACGCAGAUGCACCACAGCAAAUACCUGCUGAAUGCCAUCUGGACAUCACUGCGUCACCCGACACUCGGUCAGCCAUCGCAGGUGCUUCUUAGUGACCGAGGUGGGCCACGCGACAAGGCACUGUUCACCAUGGCCGAACACUUCUCAGCCGCGGUACGUAGCUGUGGUUUCCCGACGCCAAGCGGAUUCAACCAGUUCUUUGCUGCGCUGGGUCUGCGUUGCCUGGAACACCUGACAUUCCUGCAGUAUGCACAGCAGAAUGUCUUCAGUCUACCGCUGGAGUUUGUUCGCCGUGUCGUCCGGGAACUGAACAACACACCAGAGAAUGCAGAGCUAAAGUUCCAGAUCCUGAAUCGGUUGAAGUACGAAGACGUGGUUACUCUGCUGGUGGAGUGGGGUCACCCAGCCGCGUCACGCUACAUGUCACAGAAGUACGUCACUGCAGCCAUGCAAACUGAUGCCAAGGAAAGCUGGGAACUCUCCUCUUUCAGUCAGAAAGGCCAUGCGAAAUCGAUACCAAACAGCAGCAGCAAAGCCAGUUUCACUGAUGACGGAACCAACGAAGUGGACGGCAGUGAAUCGCUUUCCUCGACGGAAGAUGGCAUUGGUAUCAAUUUCCCGCCAGUUGCUAACCUGAUGCAAGUCCUGCGCACCAUGGAGCUGGAUUUGAAGCGUUCCCAGCUGCCUCAGCACCUGCAGCAGUGGAGCAUGAACCGCGUUGAAGAUGCUUGCCUACAAGAAUCGCAGACUGCCUCAUCGUCCAGCCGGCCUGGAUGUGUUUUUCCAUUGUAAGAAAUAAGAUUUGAGGGAGCGUAGUGCACGUACUCUGAAACGCUGCCGCUGAUUUGUAGCUAUGCGUGGCCAGUGGCCGCUAUCUACAGGAUUUGUCUGCUCAGACUCCAUCUAUUUAAUUUCUGCAUUCCUCCCACCAGGCUCUGAUGUGCUUCCAUGCUAUUACUUUUGCAUUAUUCAUGCCCCUGGUUAGUAGCGCAUUCCAUAGGUAGCAGCGACACGAACACACUUGAUGAAGAGUUAGAAGCGAAUAACUGACUACAUUGUAAUGAAUUUGUUUUCACAUUCAACGCGUAAACUGAAAACGCUAGCCUUUGAUUUGAAAUUUCAAAACAGCUGGCCUGCUUUUUAUUAUUACCAAUUCACCACUAACUAAUGCGCUAUUAUAAUUCAAUUUUAUUACAUUAUUCCGGGAAUGAUGAGAUGUCGAGUACAUGUAUAUAAUUUGAACAACCGCGCACCCGAGCAUUUCUGAAGCUGGCCUGCUGCUCGUUUCGAUUGACUUUAUUUUGGAGUACACUCGGACGUCUCUUAUCCGGGCAACUUGGGACCGGGCACUGCCCGUAUCUCAGGAUAACUCAUCUACCAUGUAUCAUAUCAUUUUUGAAGGAGUUUAUUUGGAAUGUAUUGCACAUGUUCAGGA